AAUAAAAAAUAACUCGAAAACGAAAAUUUCAAACAAAAAAACUAACGCACAGAUCAAGACGAAGCGACCGGUGUCUUUGCUAUUCGGAAUUAAGGACAGUCACAGGACUGCGAAUAGAUAGUAAUAAACCGCAGUAAAAAUGUUUAGAUUGUCUCUUAUUCUCUUCACCCUCGUCGCCUUGGCCAGCGCACGUCCUGGCUAUCUGCAUGGCCAUUACCCACACAUUGACUACCCAUUGUUACCUCAUCAUCAUGAACCUUUACAUUUGACUAAACUGGUGCACAUACCGGCUGCCAUUUCACAUCAGAGCUCAACAGUUAUUCACAGCGCGCCAAUCAUUAAGCCAGUUGUGGUGCCGGUGCUGAAGACCGUCGUGCAUCCGAUUGUCAAAACAUAUCAUCCGGCGCCCAUAAUCAAGGCUUAUCACCCUUUCGCUUUGGAUCCGUACCAUCAUCACUACGAUCAUCAUGACUUUCACCAUUACCACUAAGCCGUGUGAAUAAUACUAAUGACAACCGAAGUAGUGUCUAUCAAAGGUGAUGAGGAUGACUGAGAUGAUGAUGAAUAUGUCUAAAAUUUGCUGGAAAUCGCGCACAAUUACUCGUAACAUGUUCGAAGAGGCUAGUAAAUUUCUAAUAACAAUUAACAAAACUUUUAAGGGCCGUUAUUCUUUUUUAUUUAAUAUGCGUCUAUUUCAUAUUAUAAGCACUAAUAUAUUAUGUCACGUAACCACUUCGGAUGAUUUCUAUCGAAUUUUAUGUAAUACCAAUUUUCUGUAAAAAGAGCACAAAUC